AUGACAUCUACCGGUUUGGUGUAUAUGAUGACACCAGCAUUAGCUUGUUUUUAUGGUGGUUUGGUUGAAAAUAAAAAUUUUCUUAAUCAACUUUUUUUGUCUGUUGUUUGUAUGGCUAUUAUUCCUGUUCAAUGGUGUUUAUUUGGUUAUUCGUUUGCUUUUGGUCCCGGAAAUUCAGCAUUUGGUUCAUUUUCUUAUUCUGUAGGACUUAAAAUGGGUCUCGUAUCUUUACAUGGCGAAACUGCGGAUCAAAUCAAUCCCUUAUCAAUCCCUUCGUUAGCAUUUAGCGCUUUUCAGUGUUCCUUUGCCAUUAUUACGCCGGCUUUAAUUAGUGGUGCCGUGGUGGGUCGAAUGAAAGUUAUUCCCUAUAUGCUUUUUAUUUUUCUCUGGGCGACAUUUUGUUAUGACCCAUUGGCAAGAUGGGUUUUUUAUGAUUUAGGUUGGCUUCAUCAAUUGGGUGUUGUGGAUUUUGCUGGAGGGUUAGUUGUUCAUGUAUCUAGUGGAGUAUCAGGACUAGUUGCUGCAUUAAUUUUGGGAUCUCGUGCUCAAUUUGAUCCAGAUGUACUCAAUACUGGCCAAACCAAUAUUCCAUUUACUAUUGUGGGUACUGGCCUACUUUGGGUUGGAUGGAUGGGAUUCAAUGGAGGAUCAGCAUAUGCGGCAUCUGGUAUUGCUGCUUUGGCUAUUGUUAAUUCUAAUGUAGCUGCAGCAUCAAGUAUGACUAUUUGGGUUAUUUUGGACAUUAUACAUGGUAAAUUAAGAGGUCAACCUAAUGCUUUUGUAUCAAUUCCUGGUGUUUGUUCAGCAACUGUCGUUGGACUUGUUGCCAUAACGCCAUGUGCUGGCUAUGUUCAACCAGGCUAUGCAAUGCUAAUCGGUGCAUGUGCUGGUCUUAUUGUCAAUUUAUUUUUAGCAGGAAAAAAACGUUUUUUUCAUGUCGAUGAUACUCUCGAUGUAUUUAGUUGUCAUGGUUUGGGCGGUUUUAUAGGAACUGUCAUGACUGGAUUAUUCAUUCAAACUGAUGUUAAUAGUGAUGUUGCAAAUGGUGCCUUUUAUGGUAACCCUAUUCAAUUAGGAUAUCAACUGGUAGGAAUAGUAGUCGUAGUUUCUUUUUCUACUGUAUGUACGGCAGCAAUUUUAUUGCCAAUGCAUUUUACAUUCGGUAUUCGCAUAAAUCGAUUGGAACAAGUGCGAGGCUUAGAUAAUGUGGCACAUGGCAUUGUUGAUAUGAAUCUACCUAAAAAAAUGUCACAAAUACAAGGACCAUCGUUAAGACAGAAGCAAACUGAAAUAAAUAUAAUACCAACCAUUCCUAUUGAAAGUUCCUAA